AUGGAUCCUAGAAAUGUAUACGGAGAAGAAUAUCAUGAUCAUCAAGGAGAAGGAGACUAUCUGAGAACAAUUAAUGAAGGUCAUUAUAAACCCCAAGUGGGUGUGCCACAAUUUUCUUAUAUUUCAAAUCAGAGUUGUGCAUCAACUUCUUAUAUUUUAAACCAGAAUUGUGCAGCAAUUUCUUUUAACUAUUUUAGACAACCCCAGAUUGAUCAAUCUCAGUAUUACCCGAAUGUACAUUGUUCUGGGUUUGUAAACCCAUCUUUAUUUCCUUCAAUUGAUCAAAAUGGACUACUGUCCACAUCAUCAAUGGGGUUUUUCCAUAGUGGGUUGCAUUCACAGAGACAAAUCAUUGCUACUAGACAUAGAUUGGUGAAUUCUUCAUGCAGAAUUCAAAGACCAAGAAGAUGGGGACCUUCAGUAACAAAAGCAGCAAGAAUCAAGAGAAAAAUGAGAUUGAAGUUCAUACUGCAGAAGGAGUUGAAAAACAGUGAUGUUAACUCUCUAGGAAGGAUUGUCCUGCCAAAGAAAGAUUCAGAGGCACAUCUACCAAGCCUCACAGUGAAGGAGGGCAUCCAAAUAGCAGUUAGGGAGGUACUUUCUCCAAAAGUGUGGUUCAUGAGAUACAAGUUUUGGCCUAAUAACAAGAGCAGAAUGUAUGUAUUGGAAAAUACAGGGGAAUAUGUAAAGCAGAAUGAGCUCAAAUGUGGAGAUUUUGUAAUUCUCUAUCAAGACGAGAACAAACAGCUUUACAUUUCCUUCCAGAAGGCCCAAAGACCAACUCUAGAAGGAGAACCGAACAAGGAAGAGAAAGAAUCUCGAACAGGUCUAGAGAGAGAACAUGAAAGCCCCCAUGCGGAGGUAGAAGAUCAAAGGCUUCUAAUAUCCGAGGAUAUGUUGAGACAACAGGGAAUAGAAUUUCAUGAACCAUCGACAUCCUCAAACAGUAUAGCAGUGGAGGGAGAUUUAUUUUGUCUCGAUGGUACAAUAUAUCUAGACCUCAGUAAUUGUAACCUCAGUGAACUAGAUAUUCUACCAAACUUCGAUGACUCUGAUCUUUCCCUCUAUGAUGACCUGAUUAAUGACUUCAAUCAAGAUUUUGGCACGGCCAAGGAUGAUCCUUCGAAAACAGCAAAAUGA